AUGAGUAUAGAAGGAUUGAAACAAAUUAAAUUACUUUUAAUUGGAGAAACAGGUGAUGGUAAAAGUUCAUUAGGUAAUUUUAUUCUUAAAAAUGAUGUUUUUAAAGUAAGUGAUAGUAAUAAAACAGUUACAAAAUACACUGGUGGGUACUUUGGAGAAGGAGAUAGAAGUGAUGUAUUUGUUGUUGAUACUCAUGGUCUUAAUGAUAGUAGUGGAUUUGAUAAUAAAAAUAUUCAAAAUAUUGUCAAUUGUGUUAAAGCUACAGGAUUACAAGGAAUUAUAUUAACAAUGAAUUAUAAUGUAGCAAGAUUUUCUACCAAUCUUAAACAAGUUGUUAAAGUUAUAUCUGAUAUUUUCCCAUUAAAAGACAUUUGGAAACAUGUAUGUAUUGUAUGGACUAAAUGUUAUAACUAUUCACAACCAGAUGAAGAUGAUGAUAAUACAAGAACAGAAGAAGAAAUAAUAAAAUUAAUCAAAUGGGCAAGACGAUUAAAACCAAUUGAUAAAGAAGAAAUCAAUAAAUUAAGUGGUGAAUAUAAAGAAAUUAAAUAUGAAGAAAAAGAAGAACGUGAAAAAAUAGAAGAAACAAAAUAUAAUACAACAUAUAAAAUAACAAAAUAUAUAAGAUGUAAGAAAGUAAAGAAUAGUGGAGAAGUUAUUUAUGGUGAAAGUACUGAAUUUAACAGUAGAAUUAUAACAGAAAACAAAACUAAUAAAGAAACAUCAGAAUGUGUAGUGAUGUAA